CGUCUCUCUUGUUCCUGCCUGAGUGGGCUGAAGCGGAGGCAGGUGCGGAAGUGGCUGGCAGUGGAAGGCGAGGCGGCGGCGGAAGAAGAAGAAGAAGGAGGAGGCGGCGGCGAGAGAACUCAAGCUAAUUGGGAGGCUGGUUUAUUAAAGAAUAUGGCGAGAUCUGAAGGAAAAGGAGUGAAUCUGAAGGACAAACUAGAGGGCAAUGAAUUGGACCUCAGCUUGUGUGACCUGAAUGAGGUGCCAGUUAAAGAGCUGGCAGGACUUCCAAAGGCAACUAUUUUGGAUUUGUCUUGUAACAAUCUUACUACAUUACCUUCAGACUUCUGCAGUUUGACCCAUCUGGUGAAACUGGACCUCAGUAAAAACCAGCUUCAGCAACUACCUUCAGACUUUGGUCGUUUGAUCAACUUGCAACACCUGGAUCUGCUGAACAAUCGAUUAGCUACUUUGCCAGUCAGUUUUGCCCAACUCAAGAAUCUGAAGUGGCUGGAUCUGAAGGACAACCCCCUUGAUCCUAUGUUAGCUAAGGUGGCUGGAGAUUGCUUGGAUGAAAAGCAGUGUAAGCAGGCUGCCAUCAGAGUACUGCAGCAUAUGAGGGCCAUUCAGUCUGAAUUAGAUCGCGAGAGACAACGAAAGCUGCAGGCAGAGCGAGAGCUGGAGAAGAAGCGUGAAGCAGAUCGGAGAGCAAGAGAAGUCCAAGAGAGGGAAUUACGUAAGCGAGAGAAAGCUGAAGAAAAAGAGCGCCGGAGAAAGGAAUAUGAUGCCCUGAGACUUGCAAAACAGGAAGUGACAACACAACCAAAGAAAGAAACGGAACUCUCAGUUUCCCACCCAUCACAUGCACCCCAACACAAACGCUCCUGGUCCAGAGUCUUAGUGAAGAUACUGCUGCUUCUGCUACUAGGUGCCUUGAGUACAUUGGCUAUUUGCAGGAUUACGGAGCUGCAGCACCAACCUGCCUGCAUUAGUGUGAACAUGCUCUAUGAAGAUACACUAACCCUUUUACAAAGCCGUGAAACUCUUCAGAAUAUACUGCAGCCAAACUCACAAUAAUAACACUGUCUCGGCUCUGGAGGACUAUUCCUUUGACAGUAUCUCCUGCUGGUUUUACAUCAGCACAGCUAGGAUUCCUAUGGAAUUGAGCUCUGAAAAUUGCUGACAAGUCAUUGAGCAUAGCCUACAUCAACAGAGCAGAACUGCCAGUAUCUCCCCCCCUUCCAUUCCUAACGUAAAUGAGAACUUAUUUUUCUCCUCCAUAGCGGAGUGUUUUCAGGGCUGCAGAAUGCAGGCUAUUGGUCUCUAAAGUAGAGUUCAUUUCCUUAACAGCCUGCCAUGAAAUCCAUUUUGUCAUUUUAAGAAACUUUUAUGUAUAAUCCUUGAAUGUUAUUGCUACUGCAAGUACGUGCUAAUUUGGAGAAUUAGUACUACACUACUAUACUGAUACAGUGGAGAGUGAAGCUGAUGACAUAUAGGUUAAUGGUUCAUAACUAAUGCUCAACAGCUAUAUUUUUGAUCUAUGGGCGGAAAUACUGUAUGUUGUUUUUAUAUAUUGUAGUUGCUGACUGAACAGUGUUGUGGAAGUUCUGACUGUACGUCUACAUCUCUUAAAAUCUGCCUCAUUGUAUCUUUGUUGUAUCAACUAGGCAGUGUGCUGGCAAGGUCUUGUGAAUUCUGCAACACAAAAAUUAGGAAAUAAUGCAUUAUUUUAUUAAUAAUGUAAUUUUUAAAAAUAAGAAUAUAUUUUUACAUUCUGAAUUGCUUACAAACAAUCUGGAUGCAGUUCUGUCCAUGUUCCCAAGUGAUAUUUCUUAUAUGUUAGCUCACAUUGAGAAAUGUCACAUUAGUCGUUUCAAAAAUUUAUCUAGCUGGCAUUGCUUUUUUAGUUACUGACUUCACCUGAAGACUAAGCAGCCAGUUUUCCUUUUCUCUGGCCCUUAUCCCAAGACUCAACUUGUACUGCUGUUGUUUUGGUCACAAAUAUAUAUUCUGUACACAUUUUUCUGACAAGAGGCUGUAGUCCUAAGAAAUCCUAUGUCUUAUUACCUUUAAGGCUAUGUAAGACCAGAGUGACUAAACACUGCAGGCUUUGUUUGGAGGCACUUACAAGGUAAACUUAUCUCAAGGGCAACAAUAGAGGAAGUACAUUUCAUGUUUGAACAUUUACUUGGGCUUAUUUGGGAUGCUGGGGUUGUGCAAAAGAUGCUUAGUGAGGAUGUUACUUACCAAUCUUACUAAGUAAUAGGAAUAGUCUUGCACAUCUGUUUUGGGGGUGGGAGGAGACCUCUAGUGGGCUGCAACUCAGAAUACCUUUCCUUUAGUAAUUGCUGUUUAUUAAAUGCUUCAAGUGCAUAA